AUGCAUCAAACGCCGUUGGCCACAUCGACCUCGCUCAGGGAAUCUAGAGACCCUCUCUCUGAUGGGACCAUCUGCUCUCUGACCAUCUCAGACCUGAGAGAGAGCGACUCAGCUGAGUACAGGUUCAGGUUCAUUACCAACCACCCAGCUGGGAGGUAUACUGGUCGACCUGGAGUCGCUCUGACCGUCACAGAUGUCCAGGUGAAGGUGAGCAGACACCACCGUGGUAACCGGGUCAGGUUGACGUGUCAGAGCCGCUGUCGUCCACCUGGUGGCGCUCUCUACGUCUGGUACAAGAACGGCCAGGAGAUGAAGGGACAAGCGUCCGAGUCGUGGUCACUGGCGGUUGGACCUGCAGACGGGGUCUCCUGUGCUCUCGGAGGACACCGGGCCUUCCCUUCUCCUGCAGUGUAUGCUCCGAGGCGUCCCUCUGUGUCAGCGAGUCCCUCUCCUGAGAUCGUGGAGGGCAGCUCAGUGACUCUGACCUGUAGCAGUGAUGCUAACCCAGCAGCUAACUACACCUGGUACAAGAAGAACCAACCAGGUCCUCCCAGUGAAGACCCUCAGCUCGUCUUCAUCUCCGUCCGGUCCUCUGACUCUGGACUGUACUCAUGUGCAGCUGAGAACCAGCUGGGGAAGAAGAGAUCUAGAAAGAUCUCUAUUGAUGUGAAAUAUGCUCCGAGGCGUCCCUCUGUGUCAGCGAGUCCCUCUCGUGAGAUCGUGGAGGGCAGCUCAGUGACUCUGACCUGUAGCAGUGAUGCUAACCCAGCAGCUAACUACACCUGGUACAAGGAGGAUGAAGAAGAACCAGCAGCAUCAGGACCGAUCUUCAUCAUCAACGACUUCAGAGAUGAACACAGUGGGAAUUAUUCCUGUGAAGCCCAGAACAACAGAGGACGUAGUUACUCCACCUGCCAGCUGACGGUAGCAGCCGGAGCGCGGCCUUCAGUCGUCAUCGGAGCAACCGCUGCUGUUCUCCUGGCCGCCACGUUGGUCUUCGUCUUCCUUUGGAUGAGAAGGAAGAGGGCCUCCAGGAAGCCCUCCGAGCCCGAAGACCGUCCAGACGUCAGGACACAGAGUCCACCCGGUCAGCCGGCGAAGCGAGAUGAUCUUCACUACGCCAGUGUCCACUUCGCCAAGAACCAGCCCGACCCCAUCUACUCCAACGUGCGGCCGGCGGGACUCGGCGUGAACGAGGACGUCGAGUACGCUGCCGUGAAAUUCCACAGCGCCGCCGCUUCUCCGAGGACCAGGAGUCCGGACCCCGAGGAGGAUCCAGCUGCAUUGUACAGUUCAGUCAACAGACCUGCGACGCACCUCAGGAACCUCUAGGUUUCAUUGGACCUUUCUUGAGCUGAUCACCGAUCGAUGUUCAGCCAUGAGUCGCCCUGAGGAGGAGGAGGAGGAGCCCUGAGGAGGAGG